AUGACUCUCCAGGCUGACUUUGAUAGUGCUGCAGAAGAUGUAAAAAAAUUAAAAACAAGACCAACUGAUGAAGAACUGAAGGAACUAUAUGGAUUCUACAAACAGGCUACUGUUGGAGAUAUUAAUAUUGAAUGUCCAGGAAUGCUAGAUUUGAAAGGCAAAGCCAAAUGGGAGGCAUGGAACCUGAAAAAAGGUUUAUCAAAGGAGGAUGCCAUGAAUGCCUAUAUCUCUAAAGCAAAAGCAAUGGUAGAAAAAUAUGGGAUCUAGAAUACUCAAAAAUAAUUCCUACUAACAACUAACUCUUCAGUAGCUAAUGAACUAACUCUGUGGAGAAAAAUGCAAUACUAACUCCUUACUGUGUAGUCUAACAGUAAAAUCUUUAUAAGUUGUUUGACUGUGAAGGGUAUUUACGUACAUACUCUAUUUUUAGAUUGUAUCUUAUUCUAAAUAAAUUUGAACCUAAUAAAU